AUGUUUCUUGAGACAGCUCGGACUGCCCAAGUGACUCUCCAAGCAGGACAAUACCACCAUCAGACAACCCUCAGCAGCAACACAUUGGUGAAGUACACUAUCCAAGAAGGACAAUACCACCAUCAGACCAGCCUCAGCAGCAACACAUGGAUGAUGUACACUAUCCAAGAAGGACAUUACCAUCAGACCAGCCUCAACAGCAACCUAUGGAUGAUGUACACUAUCCAAGAAGGGCAUUACCAUCAGACCACCCUCAGCACCAACACAUGGAUGAUGUACACUAUCCAAGAAGGACAUUACCAUCAGACCAGCCUCAACAGCAAUCUAUGGAUGAUGUACACUAUCCAAGAAGGACAUUACCAUCAGACCACCCUCAGCAGCAACACAUGGAUGAUGUACGCUAUCCAAGAAGGACAUUACGACCAUCAGACCAGCCUCAACAGCAACCUAUGGAUGAUGUACACUAUCCAAGAAGGACAUUACCAUCAGACCACCCUCAGCAGCAACACAUGGAUGAUGUACGCUAUCCAAGAAGGACAUUACCACCAUCAGACCCCCUCAACAGCAACACAUGGGUGA